AUGCCAGCAGCACAUCGUUCUAAUGCUUCAAAGAGGGAUCUCUCUCCAGCCGAGGACAGUCCAGUAAAAGCUAAGCGUGUAUGCAAGGAGACGAAAGAGUUCAUGGAAUCUCCUUUGUCCACAACAAGUACGCUGAACUCUGGAGAAUCACAUAGGGAGCCUUCGAAAGAUGCAAAAAGUGAACCCGUUGUUGCUGAACGUACGGUUGGGAACACUGGACAGUCUCAGGAGGCUUCGCACGAUGGAGACGGCGUUCCCCUUACGGAUGGUACAAGCAAAGACGCAAGCGGUGAACCCUCUGUUGCUGAACAUACGGCUGGAAACAAUCAUACACAUGAAGCUCUUGUGGGCCCUUACCAAUGCAUCGUUAACACUCUUGUUCCAUUGCCACGCAUUCAAGACUACAUCAAAUCGAGGGAGAUGCCAGAGAGAGUUCCUACUGUCAACAUCGGACAUCUCUUUAGUAGUAACUUACCCGUUGUUCAGCACGUAAUACACCUCGCCUUUGCACCUUCAAAGGAAAACUUAGUGAACCUCGCACUCAUUGAUCCGAUGGAAUUCGCCCUUCAUAGCGAGCGAGUUGUGCACACCACUCUCGUAGCUCAAAGCUUCUUCAUCAUCGGUUCCGUUGUCUACAGCGACCUCUUUAAUGUCGGUAACACUAAGCAGAUUUGUAUACAGCCACUUCAUUUUCUUUGGCCCCGUGUGGCUGCAGUUAUCGGGCGGAUAUUCGAUGUUUCUCCGGGAUCUGUAUUACUCAACAACGGCUUUCAAGGUGGAUUAUCGUUCUCAUCCUGGCUGAAGGGGGAUCGUAACAAGUCAUCUAGUGCUAAGUCCUUUCCUGUCAACAGACGAUGGCACGGACCAACCAUCAGACCCUGGAAUGAACCUGUUCCCAUAUUUGACUGCCGUUCGCGCUUCAAAUUGUCGACCUACAACACAGCUCCGAAAUAUACCGAAGAUCCAGAGAACGGCAGUAUUGUUCUCAUCAUCUUCACCCUUGGACGCUAUAAGGAGCUGAGCUAUAAAGUCGCUUCUUACAACAUUCAGGUCAUCUUGAAGCUGACGAAUUCGCCCACAGAAGGUGAUGGGGAGCCAGCUCGUAAUCCUCUAUCAGCGAAUUUAUCGGCUCUGGAACCUAUAGGAGUUUGUGGAAGCGAUGAAGGUGCAGAUGACUUUAUUCCACCGGAGAACGAAGCAGUAGAUCCUGCAGAAGCGUCGUAUUGA